AUGGGAAUCAUCCAGGGACAUUCGGACUUGUUCGUUACCUGCUCCACAAACGACAUUCGAGUGCGGUACACGCCGGAACGUCUGGAGCGGCUGCGAAUCACCGUCCCCAACGUCACCCGCCACGCGGUCGAGGUGACGAGGGACGGCAUGGUCAUCGUUUCAGCUGGUGCGAUGGACUUUGCUGGCAGCCCCGCUGUCCUGGUGCUGCAGUUGCGCAGCGUGGGCCUUAUGUGGGAACUUCUUUAUAAAAAGGGGUUGGUUUGGAAAGGAAAGAGCGACAACAGUGUGAGGAAAGUCUGUGCGCCCGGGCAGUCUCUUUCUUUCUGUUCAUCAGCUUGGAAUGACGGGAAAAUCCGCGCCUUCGUGCCCGCUACGGGAGAGCCAAUGUACGAGAUCAACAACGCCCGUAACCUGGGAGUGACGGCAAUUGCUGCGACCAGCGACUGCAAACAGAUCAUUAGCGGAGGAGGUGACGGGCAGGUGAGGAUCUGGAAUAUUGGUGAGAAAACCCAGAAGCUGAGGGAAGUUCUGAAGGAGCACAGAGGUGCCGUGUCCUGCAUCAAGACUAAUAAGAACGACAAAGAGGGUGUCACAGCCAGCCUGGACGGAACGUGCGUCAUCUGGGAUCUUGAGCGUUACGUGAGAAAACAAAUGAUCCUAGACAACUGUUGA